UUUGCUGUUUGUUGUCGCCAAGUCCCGCGGUGAGUCCCCGCGGGAAGAACCCGCAGUGCGGGGUCCGCGUGUAUAAAGGCGUGCUGUCGCAGCCAUCGGCAACGCACGUCGUCUGCACCGUCUGCCUUGGCCACCGGCGAACUACUCUCAGUCUAGCAGGAUGAACCUGUUGCCGGCCACCGUGAUGCUGCUUGCGCUCGCCGUGCUGCCCGCGCCGCUGUCUGCCACAGCGUGCGUCGAUACGCUGCCCAUCUUCGGGGACGCCCAGCCCAGCACAAAGCCGUCGCCCUACACCAUAACUGUGACGCCGACCACCGUCAACGCGGGAGGCACCGUUAAAGUGCGCAUAUCUGGCAGCGAGAACUUCCACAGCGUGUACCUGCAGGCAGGGAACGGGGAGCAGCCGGUGGGGGAGUUCCUGGUCCCCAGCGGACAAGGCUGCAGGGCCGGCGUCUUUGGCUGCCCGUCCGGACAGAAAAACGCCUUCUCGUACAACUCACGCAGGGGAACUAAAGAGGCAGAAGUUGAGUGGAAGGCAUCACAAAUCAACGCCCAGGUUGCCUUCAGGGCUACGAUCGUGAAGUCUUUCACCGAGUUCUGGGUCGGCGUCGAGUCAGCUCCAAUCACCGUCCGUACCUAAUAACGCCGUUGCUGUACGAAGACAGAGUAACCGAUUACGACGAAGAGUAUUAAUAUCACAAACAUCACAUACUACUGGCAUCAUCGCUUUACUCGCUUCUUGAAGUCAGCUAACAGAGCAACCAGUCAUACUGACAUAGGAGACACUUUCUGUCUCCCACACAGUAAUCUCAACCGUCGGGAAACGACACUUCCUGAUUAUCUUUCCUCAGCCAAGAACUGGCUAAUUGCAAGUCGAGGUUUACGAAUGUCUGCAUCUGCCUAACAUUCACUCAUCAAAAAUCUGUACUUAAGGCUAUGAAAAUAAAAUAUAGUCUCUACUAAA